GUGGAAAAACCCAAUUUUUAGAAAUAAUUAAUUUACUUUUGCCUUCUCACUAUAAUAAUUUUAUUGAACCCUUUGUCGGUGGUGGAGCCGUAUUCCUCUUCAUCCAACCAAAGCAAUUAAUUAUUAAUGACCUUAACCAAGAAUUAAUGAUUACUUACCAAAUAAUCAAAAAACAACCCAAAGAACUUUUAAAACUUUUAAAAGAGUAUGAAACAAACCAUAGCAAAAAUUUUUAUGAAACUUUGCGUAAUCAAGAAAGCAAAAAAUUAACUGAAUUAGGCAUAGCAGCUCGUUUUAUUUAUCUCAACAAAACUGGUUAUAAUGGCAAAAGAGAGAAAGUUAAAUUAUUUGACAAAGAAAAUAUAUUAACCAUUAGUGAGUAUUUAAACAAUAAUGAAGUUAAGAUUUUAAACCAAGAUUACCAAGAAUUAUUGCCAUUGAUUAAGAAAAAUGAUUUUCUUUUCGUUGAUCCUCCUUAUGAUAGUGAUAAUGGCAAUGGUUUUACUUCUUACCAGGCUAAUAAAUUUACUCGUCGAAACCAGCAAGAAUUAUUGACUUUUUUAAAAGGAUGUGAAGCAAAAGGAGCAAACUGA